GAGUGUGAGCUUAAGUAAAGUGUGAAUGGAGGAGAAAAGGGGGAGGGAAGGCAUAUAAACACAUACUUGUGGCUGAUGUAAGAAAAAACGGAUCACGGUGGUGUGAGGGUUUUUGAAUGGACAGAAGGAAGGGGGGAUCAGGCUCUUCCUUGCGAUGUUCUGAAUAAGAUUGUGUAGAUCUAGAUUUCCUGAGUUACCUCAUUCCAUUACUAUCACUCCAUCAUGUCGCUGUUGACUCACGUGCUGGCCUGCCUGUUCGGGAUGGGCUCCUGGGUGGCGAUCAACGGGAUGUGGGUGGAGCUGCCCUUGGUUGUACCAGAGAUCCCAGAGGGCUGGUUUCUGCCAUCCUACCUCACAGUCCUCAUCCAGAUGGCCAACAUAGGUCCUCUCUUCAUCACUCUCAUGCACCACUUCCACCCUGGUACACUAGACGAGCGGCCGGUCAUAUACUGCAUUGUAGGGUUGGGGGUGAUUGCGACAUUCCUGCUGGCCUUCUUCUGGAAGCACACAGUCACAAUUGGGGGCUCUUUUCACAGUGUUCCCCUGCUGGUGCUAAGCUUCCUGCUCUCUGUUGUUGACUGCACCUCCUCUGUUACCUUCCUGCCUUUCAUGAUGAGGCUGCGUCCACAGUACCUCACUACGUACUUUGCAGGCGAAGGCCUCAGCGGUCUGGUGCCUGCAGUGGUGGCUCUGAUUCAAGGUGUUGGUGUAGUCCACUGUCAGAAUGCCACUUUGGUUAAUGUUGCUAACGAAACAGUUGUGAAUGCCACUAUGCUUGGCAGUGGAAAGCUAGAAGCCAUCUACCAGCCGGCUAAAUUCUCCGCCCAGGUCUUCUUUGUGUUCCUCAGCGUAAUGAUGGUUGUUUGCAUGGUAGCCUUCAUCCUGCUAAACUAUCACCCUGCUGUGGCUCGGGAGAGGAAGAAUGACCUGUACUUCAGUGGUGAUCUGGUUCCUGAGAAAAGGGAACAAGGUCUGUCUCUGCACGCCCAGACACCAGAGCAGAAGCCCAUGAUCAGCCCCCUGGAAGCAGUCAGGAGGGAGCCCAGGAGCUCUUUUUGGAUGGGGACAUAUAGUAGCCUGGAGGUGUUGUUCAUAUUCAUUGUACUUGCCUGGGUCAAUGCUCUGACCAAUGCAGUGCUACCCUCAAUCCAGUCCUACUCCUGUCUGCCGUAUGGGAACAAGGCCUACCAUCUUGCUGCCACCAUGGCAGCUGUUGCUAACCCUGUGGCCUGCCUCAUCGCCAUGUUUGUUCCAAUUAGGUCUCUCUUCUUCAUGGGUUUCUUGACCAUGUUUGGGACUGGAUUUGGAGCCUACAUCAUGGCUAUGGCUUCUCUCAGUCCCUGCCCCCUACUGGUCCACAGUCCCUCUGGAACUGUAGUCAUAGUGCUGGCCUGGAUCCUGUUUGUCCUGUCCCUGUCGUAUGUGAAGGUCAUCAUUGGGGUGAUUCUGAGGGAUGAGGGUCACAGCGCCCUCGUGUGGUGUGGAGCAGUAGUGCAGCUGGGCUCCAUGAUUGGGGCUUUAUCGAUGUUCCCAUUGGUCAGUGUCUAUGGACUUUUUAAGUCAGGUGAUGCUUGCAAUACCAAGUGUCCAAUGUAGAGAAUAUGUAUGUUUAAGUUAUAGUGUAAACACUGUUGUACAAUUUCUGAAACAUAACUUGCGCUGUUUCUUAAGUAGCACUGAACUCAUUGCAGUCGUUUUUUUGUUGCAGAGCUGGGCACACAUCCGUUAAUCCGUUAACAAUUAAUUGGAAGUUUCUUUGAAAAAUUUUCCAAGUUUGCAAUAACAUCAUUUUCAUUACUUGAAUCCACCUUAGACAUUUCAAGUCAGCUGACUGUUUUUCCUCAAGCUCUCAUUGGCUUUAGUAGCCUAGGAACAGAAAAUGGAAGUUCCUGAUUGGUCAAAUGAGGUGUCAGCCAAAAGGUCAGUGUGCAAGAACUUUUGCAGAGUAAACAGCGGAAGUUUUGAAUCAAUUCAUAGAUCUUUAAGGAUUUAAUGUCUUUGAUUUAAAUCUUUUACUGGAUUUGGAUCUUGGGGACCCUUGCCAUUGCAAGACCGGAAAAGUGUAGAGUAGUAGACCUUAAGGUGGUAGGAAAAAUGGAACAGAAAGACGUGUUUUGACGGUGGUCUGAGAGAUGCGUAGAUUGUGGCUGCUGUGUUGGUCAGAUUUUGAAAUGGUUUAUUCGGUUGGAAGCAUGGUAAGGGUAAUAUACCCAGAACAGCAGUCUAAAAGACGUUGACAAUGAGUAAACAUACCUAGUCCGCUGGCGGGCAGGUGAGAAAUUAAAUAAGUUUCUAUUACUUUUAGACUUUCAACAGAGACAUAGAAUAGAAUAGAAUAGAAUUACUUUAUUGAUCCCAAACUGGGAAAUUGUGGUGUUACAGCAGCAGGUUAUCCAACACACAAUAUGAGUAGAAAACACAAUGUUAGCAAAUCUAAACACAAUAUAAUAUUAAAUACAAAGUAAAUAAGUACUAAAAAUAUCAAAACUAAGAAUGUGAAUAUAUACAACCAGGAUUUAACUAAGCAUUACUAGUCUUAAAUAGGAAGAUUAAAUGUUUUAAACAUGUUUGUUAUUGAGACUUUUCUCAGUCUUAAGAACGCCAAUCAAAAAAAAAUGAUGUCAUUGUUGCUUUUUGACAAUACCGGCUAAGGUCAACAUUAAUUUUUUCUUCCAUUAAUUAUUAACAGAAUGAUCUGAUUAACUGAUAUCAAAGUUAACGUCUUUGUUAACGGAUUAACAUUAAAAUUAGUUACAUUUGAAUGAACUGUGCCCACUUCUGUUAAUUUGCAAGCCGUGUUCUUUGUUAAACAGUUUUCUUUUAUCAGAUUCAGAUGGCAGAGUUGUGUUAGGUAUAGUUUAUUUAUUUAUUUUUGGCGCAGGGUCUGAAAUGACACGUUAAUUACAAAUGUGUCAGACUGCACUAGACUUUUUUUUGUUGCUGAGUAGAUUACACUUCCUUCUCAAUUCAGAGGUCAAAGCCAGUUUACUUGAACUGUUAACACAAUGUGAAAGUGUUAUUGAUUGAUGCUUCUUUUAUAAGAACAGAGGCACCUUUGGCUUUAAAAUGUGCCUUAAUUGAGACACUGAAACAGCUUUUGUAUGAGUACAUUCUUGUUUUUGUGUUAUUGCU